AUGGCUGCAGAGCUCAGAACACAGCUCGAGGCAGAGGAGCAAGUGACAGGGCCAGGGCUCAGCCUGUUGCUGCUUUCCUUGCUCCUGGUGCACGCCGGUGUCUGGGGAUUCCCGAGGCCCCCAGGAAAGCCCUCCCCAAGCCUGCAGGAGCUGCGGAGGGAGUUUACAGUCACCCUACAGCUUGCCAGGAAGCUGCUCACCGAGGUUCGAGGCCAGGCCCAUCGCUUUGCUGAAUCUCACCUGCCCGGAGUGAACCUGGACUUCCUGCCCCUAGGAGAGCAACUGCCCAACGUUUCCCUGACCUUCCAGGCCUGGCGCCGCCUCUCUGACGCAGAACGACUCUGCUUCCUCUCCAUGACACUGCAGCCCUUCCACGCCAUGCUGGGAAGGCUGGGGACCCAAAGGGGCUGGACCAGCUCAGAGAGGAUGCGGCUGUGGGCCAUGAGGCUGGACCUCCGGGACCUGCAGCGACAUCUCCGCUUCCAGGUGCUGGCUGCAGGAUUCAAACUCACUGAGGACGAGCAGAACGAGGAGGAGAUGGAGCUGCUCCCAGGGGCUCCAGGCGGUCCCUCACAGAUGUCGGCCCCACUGUCCUGGCCCCAGCUGAUCUCCACCUACCAGCUGCUGCAUUCCUUGGAGCUUACCUUGUCCCGUACUGUAUGGGACUUGCUGCUGCUGUCCAAGGCUGGGCACUCAGUCCAGGCCUCAGGGUCCCCAGUACCUAGCUCCAGCCCUGAUGGAGUGACUUCUUAGCUCCCUUCCCCUCACCCUUUAGGACUUUAGGACUCCAGUUUUAUUUUUAUUUUAUUUUAUUUUGAGAGAGAUUUUUGCUAUAGGGCACGUACGUUCUCCAGAGAGAUAGAGACAGAGACAGAAAGCGAGAAA